AUGGAGACAGAUCACGAAAAACAAGCCCCCAGUGGCAAUCGAGAUGAUCAUCAUCUGGAGCGUCUUGGCUAUGCCCAAGAGGUCAAGCGCAACUUCUCCCUCACGGCCAUGGUGGCAACCUGCGUCAGCCUGAUGGCGACGUGGGAGGCACUUUGCAGCACAAUGGUAACGGGUUUGGUAAGCGGAGGACCAGUUUCGCUCGUCUAUGGGGCGAUUGCGUCCUUUGUAGGAUCACUUUGUUCUGCUCUGUCUCUCGCCGAGUUGGCUUCGAGCCACGCAACAGCCGGCGGGCAAUACCAUUUUGUGGCAAAGCUGUGUCCCAAGAGAAUACGCCCGGUGAGCAGCUGGCUUGCCGGAUAUAUCUCCACCUUGGGCUGGAUCGCCGUCGCCGGAAGUGCACCAUUUCUCGCCGGAACACAAAUUCAGGGCAUGCUAGUCCUGAACUAUCCGACCUCGUAUACCUUUGAGAGGUGGCACGGUACUCUUCUCUAUUGGGCUAUCCUGAUAGGAUCCGCUGGCAUUUGCAUUCUAUGCAGCAAUAUCCUACCGCUGGUAGAAAAGGUGACCAUGGCGCUGCACGUCAUCUUCUUCAUCAUCAUCCUGGUGGUCAUGGUCGCCGUGUCUCCAACCAAACAUUCGGCCGACUUUGUCUUUACUGACUUCCAGAACAACUCUGGGUGGGCUAGCGACGGAAUAGCUUGGUGCAUCGGACUUUUGAGCUCUUGCUAUGUGCUUAUUGGCUAUGACGGAGCCACUCAUCUAAGUGAAGAGAUGGAGAGGGCCGAAACCGGUGUCCCAAGAGCCAUGGUUGGGUCUAUUCUUAUCAACGGAACCCUGGGCUUUGGCUUUCUGAUCGCCUUGUUGUUCUGCAUGGGUGACAUCACAUCGGCUUUGAACACCCCAACUGGGUUCCCGAUCAUCCAGAUCUUCUACAACAUUACUGGAAGUACAGCGGCGACUACUGCUUUGACGAGCGCAGUGACGGUUAUGGCCGCCCUCUCCACAGUUCCGCUCAUCACGUCUGCGGCUAGACUCAUGUGGGCGUUUGCUAGAGACCAAGGCAAGUGCCUCCCAUUCUCCACGCAUCUCUGCAAGAUCGACCGAAAACGUCAAAUCCCAACCAUCGCGAUCCUCACCACGACCGUUCUCCUCAUGCUGCUCGGACUCAUCAACAUCGGUUCCACCACAGCCUUUAACGCUGUUUUAUCCUUGGCCGUAGUGAGCCUGCAGAUCUCAUAUCUUAUGCCUAUAAUUCUCUUGAUUUGGCGCCGCAUUUCCCGACCAAACACAUUGACCUGGGGUCCUUGGCAGUUGGGCAAGUCAGGAAUCGUUGCGAAUGUCGUUGCGAUAGUCUAUCUCGUUUUCACGAGCAUCUUCUUACUCUUUCCCCCUUAUCAGCCUAUUACCGCUGAAAACAUGAAUUACGCGCCAGUUGUUCUUGGCGGCGCUGUCAUAUUUGGUUGUGUCUACUGGCCUCUUAGAGCACGGAAGAGAUACUUUGGGCCGCUGAUCGAGACCAAUGGCACGGAGAGUGCAUCGGUGGGAGAGUGA